AGCUCAAAAUCAUCCCUCGUUAAAGGUAGUCAUGACUUCCAUGAGGGGAUCUGGUUCUGAUCUCGUACAGCGAUUGAACGCAAUUACCGAAGUGGAGAAGUCUAUUGGUAACCUGCUGCGGCAUGCGCAAACCUGCAUAUCGGAAUUGUCCAAAGAGAAGCAAAUUAGUAAAACGAAAAUGGAGGAAUCAUCACAAGCGUUCAAAAAAACCUUGAUGCAGGUUGAAAAGGAGCUGUCUGAACAGAUGUUAUAUCUCUCCAACGUCUGCGUUGGCUCUGCCCAUCAAGGGUCUACUUUUGCGUCCCAACAAAAUAUCGCAUUGGCUGAAGCUGCCGAAUUGGACUUACAUCGAGAGCUCACCAAUAUAAUGGAGAAGCACUUUGGAGAUACAGAAAUGCUGGAGUAG